GCGCUCGUCCCUCCUCCGUGACGCCACAGGCAGGGCCCGCCCCCAGCUGCCCAGGACUCCAGUUAUCUCUGCGCCUAGCGAGCGCCCCGGAAGCUGCCCCAGCCAGGGGUCAUGAUGGGCAGCAAGAUGGCGUCUGCCAGCAGGGUCGUUCAGGUAGUCAAGCCACAUACUCCAUUAAUAAGGUUCCCUGACAGAAGAGACAAUCCUAAACCUAAUGUAUCAGAAGUUUUAAGAUCAGCAGGACUACCGUCUCACUCUUCAGUUUCACAGCAUUCUAAGGGAAGUAAAUCACCAGAUUUGCUGAUGCAUCAGGGUCCACCAGACACUGCAGACAUAAUAAAAACAUUACCUCAGAAAUACAGAAGGAAACUUGUAUCUCAAGAAGAAAUUGAAUUUAUCCAACGGUGGAGGUCCGGAAUAAACACUGACAGUGUGACUGCUGUUUGUCAUCAGAAAAAGAAUAGUCUUUACAAUAAAGAACUUCCAAAAUGGCACAUGAGAAAUUAUAUAGUAAACAACUUGAAUAAAUACUCUGCCAAAAAAAAAAAAAAAAGAAAGAAAUAUAGAAAAUUUAGAUGGACAAUUAUAUCUCCUAAUAUAUGUAUCUUGGUCAGCUUCUCCACAAGCUUACCUAAUUGUUUUUAUGCUUAUUAAAAUAUAAAUUUUUAAAUGUUAGCCUAUUAAUUUACUCUCGAUUAUCAAGUAUUACCAGUGUUGAGCUAUUAAAAGUACACAAUAUCUAGUAAAC